AUGCAACAACUACCGCCCGAACAGCAGCGGCAGCAGCUUCAACGCUUCUACCGCCAAGAACUCAAAGAACUCGCCAGCACAAGAGACGCAAUUCGAGCAAAGUCCCGCCCAACGGGCGACUCAGAGUCUGAUAGCUACGAUGACGACGAUAAUGACACCUCCAGCAGAAGCAGCAGUCGUCGUCGUCGUGACUACGACUUUGACCAAGAUGGCGAUAUUGCCAUGAACGACUAUGAUGGCGCCUAUGGAGUCGAAGCAGCCGAUAUGGCGACCCAUAUCCCAGAAUCCAAUGUCGGAUACAAGCUGUUGCUCAAGAUGGGAUGGAAAGCUGGAACUGGUCUUGGCGCCAAUGCCACUGGAAGAUCGACACCGAUUCCGAUUGAACGGAAACAGGAUUCUUUGGGAAUUGGAAGACAGGCGCUUGAUAUAUGGUGGGCGGACUCUACGACUGCCAAAAGGAAGGCUCUGGAAGCUGAACGACAGGCUGAAGAGACUGUGGCCGAAAAGUCAAAGCGCGAGCUCCAAGUACAACAGAAUGAGGCUAUUCAAGCAGAGUUGACGAUGGUCAAGUCGGCCUUCUAUUGUGCUCUCUGCGACAAGCAAUAUGAACGUAUCUCGGAUUAUGAAGUUCAUCUGUCUUCAUAUGAUCACAAUCACAAGAAGCGAUUCAAGGAGAUGAAGGACACGAGUCGAGCGGGAGCGGCUCAGACGACAAGCAAGAUUAAGGAGAAGGAGCGCAAGCGAGAAGAGCGUGAGUUGGCCAAGAUGCAAGAAGCCGCUAUGAAGCGUGCAGGAGGAGGAGGAGGAGGGAUUAUGCCCCAACAACCGUCAGCUGCAGCUUCAGGGAUCAACAUCAACACCAGCAGUGGUUUUCAACCAGUUCAACCCAUUGGAUUUCAACCGGUCCAGGCAAGCGGCUUUCAACCAGUGCCAGCUAGCGGGUUCCAGUCUGUCAGUAACGUCACAGCGGCGACUCCAACGAUCACAACUCAGUCAUCAUCAGCAUCAACAGUCGUGCCAGAAACAGAGUCAGCCACAGGAUUCCAGCCAGUCAAGUUGGGGGGAUUUCAACCCGUCAAGUCGAGUGGAUUCCAGCCCGUCAAGUCGAGUGGGUUCCAGCCUGUCAAGGCUAGUGGGUUCCAACCCGUCAAACUGGGUGGCUUCCAGUCCAUGGACGACGAAGACGACGAAGAAGAAGCGAAAACCCAGGCCGUGCAGCAACCACAAGGAGCAGCAGGAUCUGCAACUUUAGGAAGCAAUGGUGCUAGUAGUAAUUCUGCUCCCGCACCAGCGCCAGCACCAAGUGGAUUCCAGCCGGUCAAGAUUGGAGGCUUCAAGCCAAUGAAGAUUGGAGGAUUCCAGCUCAAGAAACCAGGGACCAAAUGA